GCUCCCCAGCUCUUGCUCUGAAACCAGAAAUCAGGACAGAACGGCGCACACAGGGUUAACGCGCCGUAGUGCUUGUGAUAGGCUACUAGAGCGCUGGGUUCAGCCGCCUUAAAACAGAGGUAACCAGGCAACUUCAGUGCAGGCUGUGCUACGAGAGCCAAAAAAAAAGAAAAAAAUACGGUGGGAAAAAGGAUUGAAAGCGCUGAAAUCCCGACAGUUUUUCGGCUGCAAUGGGAAGGAUGUAGUCCUGAUUGAGCCGGCUGUGUCGGGCAUGGGAAAGUGGAUUACUGCGUUUUCUGAAAGCUGUGGACCGCGCAGGGAGCUCGCGUUUGGAUUUCUAACCAUGCCAAGUAUGGAAACCGCACCAUCACGCACGAGUUUAAAGCCACUGCAGGGAGAGCUCGAGAUGCAGCGUCGAGGCUAGAGGCAGCGGCCGAGUGAGCGUGAGGCAGUGGGGAAGCCCCUCUGGAUGAGCCAGCCACAGGCACCCAGCCGCACUGUACAGGAAUAACCACUUAAUAUGUCAACAGAGGCCGAACUCCAGCCUGCUGCCAGACCCAGCGUCAAAAAGGAUUCCAAGAGGAGAGGGCAGGACCGCACUGAGGCAGCUCUGAUUAAGCGCUUUAAAGGGGAUGGUGUCCGCUACAAGGCCAAGCUCAUCGGCAUUGAUGAGGUCACCGCCGCAAGAGGAGACAAGCUCUGUCAGGAUUCAAUGAUGAAGCUUAAGGGGAUCGCAGCCUCAGCACGCUCGAAAGGAGAACACAAGCAGAAAGUUUUUCUUACGGUGUCAUUUGGUGGGAUCAAGAUCUUUGAUGAAAAGUCAGGGGUUCUUCAGCACCACCAUGCAGUUCAUGAGAUUUCAUACAUUGCCAAGGAUAUCACCGACCACCGAGCCUUUGGCUAUGUAUGUGGGAAAGAGGGCAAUCACCGAUUUGUAGCCAUCAAGACUGCUCAGUCUGCUGAGCCUGUGAUCCUCGACCUCCGUGACCUUUUCCAGCUGAUCUUUGAGAUCAAGCAGAGGGAAGAGAUUGAGAAAAAGGCUCAGAAAGACAAGCAGUGUGAACAAGCUGUUUACCAGACCAUUCUGGAAGAAGACGUGGAGGAUCCGGUGUACCAGUACAUUGUAUUUGAGGCGGGACACGAGUCCAUCCGUGACCAAUCAGAGGAGAGCAUUUAUCAGGUCCCUACCAGCCAACAAAAGGAGGGAGUGUAUGACGUCCCAAAGCGACAUCCAAGUGAACAUAAUGGCCAGACCAAACUGCUGGAUCUGGAUUCUGAGCUAGAGUCGUUCCCUCAGAAUAUCCACCAAUUAGAGCUUUUUGGAGACAUGUCUACUCCACCUGAUAUCACCUCUCCCUCAACACCUGCCUCUCCAGCUACCGCUCUAGACCCCACGCUGCUCCACCAGCCCCCCUCUGAACUGUUCGCUGCAUUCAACCCUGCCUCUGUGCCCUCAGGUUAUGUGACGAUGGGAGCAGUGCCCCCGGGCUGGGCACAGCAGCAAUUUGCAGCCCAGGCCCCGCUGGCAUUCGGAGUUCAGUCACCAGUUCCCAUGGCUCAGGUGUUGCCUGGUGGGCAGCCGCUCAUAUGGGGCCAGGCCAACCUCUUUCCUGCUACGCAGCAGCAGUGGGCAGCUAUGGCCGGAGCCCACUUCUCACCUGCUGCCUUUGUGCCUGCACAGACCAUAGGACCACUCCCAGCUGCCAUGUUUCAGGCGCUGGCACCCAUGGCCAUGGCAGCAGCAUGUCCCCCUGCUGGUCCUUCCCCAGGUACGCCAACUGCAGGCACCUUAGCUUCUACGGCCUCUAGCCCGCAACAUGGAGAGCACUCAUUGCCUGGACAGACCAAGAUGAGCAAGGAGAUGUUCAAGGACUUCCAGAUGGCCAAGCCUCCUCCUGCAGGUACACGUAAAAGCGAGCAGCCGAGUCUGGUAUGCACCACAGAUGCUUUUACGAGCUACUUCAGCCGGGUGGGACUGGCACAGGACAAUGAUGACUGUGAUGACUUUGACAUCUCCCAAAUGAACCUGACGCCUGUCACCUCCACCACACCCUCCACUAAUUCACCGCCCACACCAGCACCUCACCAGAGCUCCCCAUCUAAGGCAUCGUCGCAUGCCAGCGACCCACCCACUGAUGAUUCGUUCGGGGAAGCAGAGGGCAGCCCGAGCCGCAGCGGCGAGGAGGACACUGCUAGAGACACACAGUCUCCGAGUGUGAGUGAGCCUCAAGCAGAGCCCGGUGGCUCUGAGCUGGACAGUCCUCAGGUCGGUAGCUAGAUAGCGGCAGGUCGGGGGGAAGGACCCUCUCUAUGCCAAGGUCUGCAAAGGGAAGAAGUGAAGGAUCAUGGGAAGACUGCACACAGCUGAACAUUGCUCAGAGGGGAGCAAGUGACCAAACCCUUAGAGCCGCUCUGUUUGUGUGUGUGUGUGUGUGUGUGUGUGUGCGUGCGUGUGUGCGUGUUUUAAAAAAAAAAAAAAAAAAAAAGGUGAAUGUAAGGGAAACAGGUCACAGGCUGUGAGCGAGUUUGUGUGUAAGUGUGUGUGGUUGCAUGGGAAUGGAUGGUAUUCAGAGCUCACCUGGAUCACUCCAGCCUUCUUGGCCUUUAGUCUCCCUCUGGAUCUCAGUCUGUCUGGAGAACUGCACACUGGACGCUCCUCUUGGUUUUCUGUCCUUUCAUUGAGCUUGUUGUUUCUGUCGCACAGUGUUUCCUGCAUUCAUAAACUGAACGUGGAAUAUCAGACACAGCUGAUGGUGCUAAGGAUGAUGAUAAUGAUGAUGAUCUUUCCUAUUGUCCUUCUUUGCUCACCCUGAGUCAUUCUGUCACUGUCUCCAUUUUUCCCCCAUGCCAUCUAGCCAAGAUAGUAUAAAUACAAAGCGUGAGAAUGCAUUUCAUCACACACACACACACACACACACACACACACACACACACACACACACCUCAAGUGAGACUUCAAGAAAUUACUGCUUCAUAAUCUUGUGUUGUCCCAGUCCUUGCACUGUCAUCUCUAAUCGUGUGGUCCAGGCCAAAGCAGUCGAUUACAGUGUAAUCCAUUUGAUCCAUCUGUAGGAUUAUGUGAUUCAUCCAUGUGGGCUUGUUUGGUUUUGCUCCCCGAUCUAUUUGAGAUUCUGCUGCUAGAGAGCUAUGCAGAAAUAUAAAAAAAGAGAUUUUGUUUUCUCUGUGGACCUUUCAGGCAGAGAUCUGUCUCAAGGAGUGACUUUGCCAAAAUCUCUCUUUUUCUCUCUCUUUCUCUUUUUUUUGCGUGAAAAACUUCUGAGCAGCUCAUACUGAAGAAGACAUUGCGACGGAGUGGGUGUUGCCUAAACAACGAGCUGAAUCUGUGACUGAACUGUUCCUUUCUCUAUAGCUUUUGUACAAUAUUAAUAAGACAAAAAAAAAAAAAACACAACACUGAAAAUGGGAUUUUUAUUUUAUAAGUCAUUGAAGCCCUCGAGGCCGGCUUGAGACGUGUUUUAAGGACAAACAUGGCUUUAAGGAAUCAGAUCAUUGGUUUGCCAAACUCAUUUUGUAAAUAACAAUAACGCCAACAAUAAUGCUGACGAUGAUGAUAAUGUCCUUUGAUUUUUUUUUUUUCCCCCCCGCUGGACCUCUGUGCCAUAAAAUAGGCAGGCUUAAUGUGAUGCAAGCUCAACACGAAACCCAAGCAAUAUCUCCACAUGUCCCAAACCUCCCCCGGUGUGGUUUUACGUUGCUGUCAAAGCCAUUUGCUUGUUUGGUUUAUUUAAUGAUGUGCUGCACAUCCUUUGGGUACAAUGAAGAAAAGCCGGCGGUUAAAAUACUUCAAGUGUCAUAGCACAAGGCUCAUAAUAAGACAAACGAGGAAGUAUUGGGCGACACAACCCUCUCCUUUAGCUAAUCAUUUAAAUGGUCUUUAAACUCAUUCCAAAAGGAUACACAUUUUUCAUUUUGCAAUACAUGCACUUGUGGUAGGUGCAUUUUCAAAGUGUACUUUGGAAUAAUUGAGCCAUUAAUCUUGGAAAAAAAUGAAACGAGCCAAAGAAUUCGCAGAACCUAUCACACACACACGUGGUCAGGUGCUCAGAACCUUGUGGUAUUUUAGUGCUGUCUGGUUUCAUUCCCGAGUUCUCCUGUCAUGUGGUGGUGUUUUUUUUUCUUCUUUUUUUAUCUGCCUUAUGUGCAACCACAAAACAUGCAUGACCUAAUUCAUUUACAUGUGCAUUCCCAAACACACCCACACACCCCCACAGAUACACACAUGUAAAUCAACCUUAGAUUGCCCUUGGUUUCACCAUAGUUACACCAAAAACUCAGACUACAUACACCCACAAGUAUGUGAUAUCAUUUUAUCCAAAACUAAACCAAGAUCAAAUAAUGUGUGUGUGUGUGUGUGUGUGACAGAAAGAGAGACAUGAGCAGCCAGUUCUUGUAUUCCAUUACCUGUAAGGACUAUUACUCCCUAUUUUAUGGCCAGAGUCCCGUUUUAAUCAGAUAUUUAUUUUGACCCCUUUCUAGUUCACAUACUACACCUGGGAUGUAAAAAAAAAAAAAAAGAUAUUGUGAAGCCAGGAGAAGAGAUGAGAAACCUCAUAACACUUUGUUUUAGACCUGUUUUAACUAUACCUCAGUUAAUGGGUUUAUUAACGUAAAGGGACAUCUUUAUUUUUUAAUCUCAGCAAAGAUUACAUUCUACAGUUAAUUUUGAGAUUUCUUUUUUUUUCCUACCCCCCACCCCCCUCUUCUCGGUUUUACAUAUUCCACCAUGUAAUACUGUACCAAUAAACACAGGAAAAAACGA